AAUCCUGACGUGCUUCACUGACCUGCUUGUUUUUUAUUUCCUGAUUAAAACCUUUUCUUUUCACUAAAGUUUACGUGAGAAGAGGGGAGCUAAGAAAAGGAAAAGGAAAAAACAAGAAAAUGGAGAUAGAAGGCUCUGUGAUGUGAGGGAAAAUUACGUAGGACAUACGCGAAAUCCCUAGAUUUCUCUCAGCUGCGUGUGUUGAGUUAAACAGUGGUGCGCGAGGACUCUUGAGCUCCGUCGUUUAACCUGCCAGUGUGCAAGCUUGCUUCUUGCUUGUCGCUGAUUAUUUUCUUGUCUUUUGUUUCUAUUUUCCUAGUGCUAUCCUAAUUUCUGGCGAUUUCUUGGAAAUUUUACUGCUUCCUUUCUCAGAUGUGGAUCUUCAAUUUCUCUGCUUUAUUUGCCAAAUCCUAGCCAUAGUUUGGAUUUUUAACGCCAUCCCAACUAUUUUCUAUUUUUAUUGCGCUUUACCAUUACUUCCUCCAAAAUUCUUUUCCGUGUUCCCUCAUUUAUUCCCCGCCAUUCCAAGACACUACCACCCUACGCUGUAUAAUUUAUGCUUCUCUGUUCGUCUUCACAAAUUUCAGUUUUGAGCAGCACGGGGUUUUGGGGUUUUUGCAGCUCCUAGCUCACUUCGCCGAUUGUAAGAUUUGCCUGUGCAGCAGAAAAGCUGCAGUCUUUGGUCCAAGAUUUCGCUGGAGCAAGCUGUUGAUUUGUAGCUCUGCUUCUCCUUCCAUUCACUUACUCGGAGUGGAAUGAUGGAGGUGAGGCCGUCUUCGGAGCAAGGAGUGCUGGCGGGAAGGGAGCCGUUCGGGCUGCCGAAAAGCCCGUCGGCACCGCCGUCCUCCGGCGCCAUGCAGAGCGUGCGCAUGGCAUACACGACGGACGGCACCCCCGUCUUCACUCCGGUGAGCUCCGCGCCGCCGCCGGCGGCGACGUACCAACCUGUGGGCGGCAGUGGCGCGCCGCGUCCCAACGUGGCUGCCGCAGGAGGCAAUGGUGGCGCACCGGUGCUCCCGGGGGGAGCAGGGGAGCCGCUGGCCAAGAAGAAGCGCGGCCGGCCGAGAAAGUACGGCCCUGACGGCUCCAUGUCGCUGGCAUUGGUGCCUGCGUCCACGGCCGCGGCGCUAGCACCGGCGGCUCCCGGCGCUUCCGGGCCUUUCUCGCCUGAAUGCGCGAAGGCACCGAACACUGCGCCGUCAACGUCGCCGGACGGCGCGAAGAAGAGGGGACGGCCUAAGGGCUCCACCAACAAGAAGCGCGUUCCUUCUCUUGGCUCAGCAGGGGCUGGAUUUACACCUCAUGUUAUUUUUGUUAAAGCUGGAGAGGACGUAUCAGCAAAGAUCAUGUCAUUCUCUCAGCAUGGAAAGCGUGCGGUUUGCAUUCUUUCAGCAAAUGGCGCCAUAUCAAAUGUGACACUUCGGCAAGCUGCUACUUCAGGUGGAACGGUGACAUACGAGGGCCGAUUCGAGAUACUGUCACUGUCUGGGUCGUUUCUCCUGUCAGAGAAUGGCGGCCAUCGUAGUCGAACUGGUGGGCUCAGUGUUUCGUUAGCAGGUCCUGAUGGCCGUGUCCUGGGCGGUGGAGUUGCCGGACUCCUGACAGCUGCUUCACCAGUGCAGAUUGUAGUGGGGAGCUUCAACGCCGAUGGAAAGGAGCCAAAGGAGCAGCAGCAGCUUCUUGCUCCGUCAGACCCUUCAUCAGCGCCACCAAAGAUGGCACUGAUGGGCGGGGCGGCGGGGCCGAGCAGCCCGCCGUCCAGAGGCACAAUGAGCCUGAGUGAAUCAUCCGGCGGCACCGGGAGCCCGCCGCACCCAGGGGCCACCACCGGCGGCAACCAUGGCCACCAGUCAGGGGGCUUCUCCGGCCUGUCAUGGAAAUGAGCCCCCUGCGUCAGUGACAAGACUCCGUUUGACCGCCGUAGAACUGGCAGAAAGAAGGGAUGUCACAGCUGCUCUUGUGUAGUGUGAUCAGUGUUCAUUAGUUACGGGAUGAUCGUCUAUCUACAUCUAGCGCCUAGGUGAAUAUUGAGUGUGAUGUGUGAAGCUUUUAUUGUUCAGGGAGAAGAAAGCUUGUAGGUGGUGUCAAUGUCAGUCAAACUCUCUAGCUCUGGUGUAGGUGUUGAACUGUUAAUCACGGAUUACUAGGUGGCUGUUAAUCUGUGCUCCUAUGCAGCAUGUUGGAAGUUCAUUGUCUCUAUAUUUGUUGGGUUUCACCUGGUGCGUGCAGUUUCUUCGCUUUUGGUAUUCCCCAAUCCAGUUGGGUAUGAUUGUAUGAACCUCUGAGGUUUAGGACCUGUUUGUAACACGGGAAUUGAACUGUUGUUGAUGAAAUUCAUGAGAUUCAAAUA